CUAUCCUUAUAAAGGAAGCUUGGUGCUUCCUGAUCCUAGGUGUUGUAUUGAGUGUUGGUCAUUGGCCUCUGGGAAGCCUGGGCAGCAGUGGGGCAACCAUGGAGUUGCUGACUGGAACUGGUUUGUGGUCUGUGGCCAUAUUCACGGUCAUCUUCCUGAUUCUGGUGGACCUGAUGCACCGGCGCCAGCACUGGACUUCUCGCUACCCACCAGGCCCUGUGCCAUGGCCUGUGCUGGGUAACCUGCUGCAGGUGGACCUGGAUAACAUUCCAUACAGCUUGUACAAGCUUCAAAACCGCUAUGGUGAUGUGUUCAGUCUGCAGAUGGCCUGGAAGCCCGUGGUUGUGAUCAAUGGACUAAAGGCGAUGCAGGAAGUGCUGUUGACCUGUGGCAAGGACACUGCUGACCACCCUCCAGUGCCCAUAUUUGAGUACCUAGGUUUUAAGAGCAAAUCCCAAGGUGUGGUCCUUGCAUCUUACGGGCCCGAGUGGCGAGAGCAGAGGCAAUUCUCUGUAUCCACCCUGCGAAACUUCGGCCUGGGCAAGAAAUCUCUGGAGGAGUGGGUAACCAAGGAGGCCAAACACCUCUGUGAUGCCUUCACCGCCCGGGCUGGGCAGUCCAUCAAUCCCAACACCAUGCUGAACAACGCUGUGUGCAAUGUGAUUGCAUCUCUCAUUUUUGCCCGUCGCUUUGAAUAUGAAGACCCUUUCCUCAUCAGGAUGCUAAAAAUGCGGGAAGAAAGUUUGAAAGAAGUCACUGGCUUCAUUCCUGGGGUUCUUAACACGUUCCCAAUACUCCUGCGAAUCCCAGGGCUGGCUGACAUGGUCUUCCAAAGUCAGAAGACCUUCAUGGCCAUACUGGAUAACCUAGUUACUGAGAAUAGGACCACCUGGGACCCUGACCAGCCACCCCGAAAUUUGGCCGAUGCCUUCCUAGCAGAGAUACAGAAGGCCAAGGGGAAUCCUGAGAGCAGCUUCAAUGAUGAGAACCUGUGCAUGGUGGUGAGUGAUCUCUUCACUGCAGGGAUGGUGACCACCUCAACCACACUGUCCUGUGCCCUGCUGCUCAUGAUCCUGCAUCCGGAUGUGCAGCGUGAGCCUGGCUGGGGCUGGGAGGGAGGUAGAGGCACAAUCCCCAGUAGAGUUCAACAGGAAAUCGAUGCAGUCAUAGGGCAGGUGCGGUGUCCAGAGAUGGCAGACCAGGCCCGCAUGCCCUACACCAAUGCUGUCAUUCAUGAGGUGCAACGCUUUGGGGACAUUAUUCCAUUGAAUAUACCACGCAUCACAAGUCGUGACAUUGAAGUCCAGGAUUUUCUGAUCCCCAAGGGCACGAUCCUCAUCCCCAACAUGUCGUCCAUGCUGAAGGAUGAGACUGUCUGGGAAAAGCCCCUCCGCUUCUAUCCUGAACACUUCCUGGAUGCCCAGGGCCACUUUGUGAAGCCUGAGGCCUUCAUGCCAUUCUCAGCAGGCCGCAGAUCAUGCCUGGGUGAGCCCCUGGCCCGAAUGGAGCUCUUCCUCUUCUUCACCUGCCUCCUGCAGCGCUUUAGCUUCUCAGUGCCAGCUGGACAGCCCCAGCCCAGUGACCAUAGAAUCUUUGCUAUUCCAGUUGCCCCCUACCCCUACCAGGUCUGUGCUAUAAUGCGUGAGCAAGGACACUAAUUCCAAACAUGCUCUGCAAGUUAGGCUGAGUGAUGUAAAAUAAACUAGUCUUGUGGCUA